AUGUUCAGUGGUGACACUUUCAAGAAUAUUCGCGUGUACUGGCUCGCAUUCGUGGCUUACUGGGGCAUCAUCCUAUUUGGAUAUGACACUGGUAUAGCUGGAGGUGUCGUCUCCCAGCCUUACUUCGAGACUAGCUUCGGUUUAGUCAAUGCCGAUGGCUCAAUCAACAAAAGCAAGGAUACUGAGGUUUCUUCCAAUGUUGUUUCUGUGUUGCAGGCAGGAGCAUUCUUUGGCGCUCUAGGCAGUGCACCUAUAUCAGCUUGGUUGGGACGGAGGUUGACAUUGAUCGGUUUUACCAUCAUUUUCGUUAUUGGUGCUAUACUUACUACGGUUGCUGGUGGUAGCCGGGGUAUUGCAUACAUUUACGGCGGUCGAGUUAUCUCCGGCCUCGGCAUCGGCGGUAUCUCUGCUGUCGCACCCACUUAUGUCUCCGAAUGUUCACCGAAGAAUGUUCGUGGUCGCAUUACCGGGUGUUUCCAGAUCAUGGUGGCCAUCGGUGUCAUGAUUUCAUAUUUCAUAAACCUUGGUGUCGGCCUUCACAUGGCGAACAGCCCCAAUGUCUGGAGGAUUCCUUUUGGAUUUCAGCUCGUUCCUGCAGGUUUGAUGUGCCUUGGUCUUUGUACUGUCAAGGAGUCUCCCCGUUGGCUUGCAUCCAAAGGUUACGUUGCGGAAGCCAUUGCCAAUCUUGCUUAUUUGCGGAGGGAGCCCUAUGAUUCAGAUGAAGUACGGCGUGAAUUUGCUGAAAUUGAAGCUGCAAUUCGUGAAGAACAGGAGGCUCGUAAAGGCCUUGGAUUGAAAGAAGCCUUCCUCGGGAAGGGCAAUUUUGUCCGAUUUGUCAUUGCAUUUGUGAUCUUCUUGUUACAGCAAUGGAGCGGACAAAACUCUGUUGGCUAUUACGCACCUCAAAUCUUUAGCUCGAUUGGGUACUCCGGGACCACCAAUUCUCUCUUGGCGUCUGGAAUCUACGGUAUUGUGAAAGUCGUUGCGACUGCACUUUUCGUGUUCUUCUUUGUCGAGAGUCUCGGUCGCAAAGCCUCGUUGUUCAUAUCCGCCAUGGGAAUGGGAAUCACGUUCUUCAUCAUCGGUACUAUCUUGAAAACGCAUCCUGUUGUCACGCCUCUGGCGGGCCAGUCUGCGCCACCACCGUCACCGUCUUCAAAAGGUAUGGCUGCCAUGCUCUACAUCUAUGUCUGCUUCUACUCCAUGGGGUGGGGUCCUCUUCCGUGGGUUUAUGUCGCCGAUAUCUUUCCCACACGGACUCGCCAUUACGGAUUAGCCGUAGGUUCUGGUUCUCAAUGGCUAUGGAACUUCGUUGUGGCGAAGGUUACCCCAACGCUUGAGACUGAUCUAGGAUUCAAACUCUUCAUGAUGUUUGCUACGAUCAAUAUUGGUGGAAUGGCUGUCUUCUCUUUGUUCCUCCCUGAAACCAAAGGUCGUAGUCUAGAGGAGAUGGAUAUAAUUUUCGGCUCAGUCAGCGCUGAGUCCCGCGAAGUGUUCAUUGAACGUGCACUCGACCACAGUGAAGUAAAAUCACAACCAUCUAUCGACAAGCAGAUAUAA